AUGCUUCUCCCACGCCUCUUUGGCUUGGCCGCCAUCUCACUGGCGAGCCUGGGAGCCGCCGUCGAACUCACCGGCUAUGAAUAUGUCAUUGUUGGAUCCGGAGCUGGAGGUGGCCCAUUAGCUGCUCGUCUCGCUCUUGCCGGCCACAAGACACUCUUGAUCGAGGCUGGAGACGACCAAGGCGAAAACACAAACUAUACCGUCCCAGCCUACUCCGCCAAAGCAUCCGAGGACCCAACAAUCGCUUGGAACUUCUUCGUGCGCCACUACACAAACGACACCCGUCAGGCACUCGACUACAAGACCACCUACGACACCCCCGAUGGCGGCGAGUACGUCGGUCUCAACCCGCCCGAGGGCUCAACCAUGAAGGGCAUUCUAUACCCGCGCACCGGCACACUCGGCGGAUGCACCGCACACAACGCCCUGGUCACCGUCUAUCCCUUCGAAUCUGACUUCGACUACAUCUCCACGCUAACCGGCGACGCCUCCUGGUCCCCAGACAACAUGCGCAAGUACUUCGAGAAAAUGGAGAACAACAACUACCUCCUCCCUCUCGCCCCGGGCCACGGCUACGACGGCUGGCUGCACGAUGAAACCGCCCCCAUCAGCAUCGUCCUCGAGGACCCCCAGCUCCUGGACAUGCUCCUAGGCGGCGCUUUCGCCCUCGGCAACGUCACCGACACCAUCUUCAACGUCGCCACCCUGCUGGCCGGCGACGCGAACGCAGACUCACGCACCCGCGACACCGAGAGCGGCUACUACCAGGUCCCGCUGGCCACCGACGGCGCAAAGCGUAAUGGCCCGCGCGAGUUCCUCGUCGCUGUCCGUGACGCCACGAACCUCGAUGGCUCGAAGCGGUACCCGCUCGAUAUCCGCACAAACUGCCAGGCUACCAAGGUCGUUUUUGAUAACUCGACCGGCACGCCGCGCGCAACGGGCGUCGAGUUCCUAGACGGCAAGUAUCUCUUCCGCGCGAGUCCGCAAUCCGGCACGGCUGCGAAGGGCGUGCCCGGUAACGUCACUGCGUCUCGCGAGGUUAUCAUUGCAGGUGGUGUGUAUAACUCGCCGCAGCUCUUGAAGCUGAGUGGCAUCGGGCCUGCGGACGAACUCGCGCAGUUCGGCAUCGACGUUGUCUCGGAUUUACCCGGUGUUGGCACAAAUCUGCAGGACCACUAUGAGACCUCUGUGCAGGGCCAGUUGCCGAAUAACUUUACCGCGUUGGAUGGGUGUACGUUUAGCGUGGAUGGCGAGGCGGAUCCCUGUCUUGAGCGGUGGGAGAAUCCUAUUCUCGGGAACCGGGGGAUCUAUUCCUCAAAUGGGUUUGCUAGUACCAUGUUGUAUAAGAGCUCUGUGGCCGUGGACGACGACUUUGAUACCUUUGUCUUUGGUGGGCCGAUUAAUUUCCGUGGUUACUUCCCCGGGUACAGUGUUAAUAUCACUGAGCACCAUGAUUGGUUCUCGUGGGCGAUCCUCAAGGCGCAUCCACGGAACACGGCUGGCUCGGUCAAGCUUCGUUCGGCGGAUCCGCUUGAUAUGCCGGAUAUUGUGUUUAACUACUUUGACUCGGGAAGUGGGGAUUAUGAGUCGGACUUGACGGCGAUGACUGAGGCUAUUGGCUUGGCGCGCGAUGCGUUCAAGCGCCAGCUUCUUGAUAUCGAGGAGGUCCUACCUGGAAAGGAUGUUGCUUCGACUGAGGAGAUCCAGAAUUAUAUUAUGGAUACGGCUUGGGGACAUCAUGCCUCGUGCACUUGUCCUAUUGGUACCGAUGAGGACCCGAUGGCUGUGUUGGACUCCAAGUUCCGGGUUCGUGGUGUGAAUGGAUUGCGUGUUGUUGAUGCUUCCGUUUAUCCCCGCAUUCCGGGCACUUUCACUGCUGUGUCGACUUACAUGGUUUCUGAGAAGGCGGCGGAGGAGAUUCUGAGUGACGCCAGCAAUUAA